CGAGAAUCGGCCCAGGUCGGUCACGUUAUGUCUCCGGCGAGCGCGACCAAACACGCUCACGACGAACUGCUUUCGCUCUCAGGGAAAUGAUAUUAAUAUCUGUUACCUUUCCUAUGUGAUGUUUACGAUACGAGUGCUGAGUUAGAGUUACACGAACCGCAGUGAUACGAUACAGUCGGUGAAGCAAGAAAGUGACACGGUGUGGCCGAGACGCGGUUUUGAAAAAUAUCUGCCUCUAAACGGUAUUUCGAAAGCGCAUCUGACUUCGCAGGCGACCUCCGCACACAAAUCGUGAGACGGCGCCCGCAAAACCUCGUUCGUGGAACGUUUGCGGCUUUCAGUAACACGAGUCGCGUUACAAAUUCCAAGUGGUGCAAUACACAAUGCAUUAUCACACGCGUACGCGACAUCUCACUCGACGAAAUAAACGAAACAUAUCCACUUGAAAACGGAAGCAAACUGAUUAAAGCUGCCGAGGAGUUCAUUAUGCGUAUUGAUAGAUCGUUUAAGCGAACUGUGCGUUGAAUCAGCCCCAAUUCGGGCGCCACUAUUCGAUACGAUUAUAUCGCGGACGUGUGUAAGAGUGCGCGUGUGUUUGUAAGUGUGUGGUAUGCGCUCGUGUUAAGGCGUGACGGCGCCCGCGCGGCUGCCAUGGGCGCGGCGCGCCAUGUCUCAGCGCACGCGCCCUCUGCGGCUGCUGAUCGCUGCGCUCGCGCUGGCGUCGUGCGCCGCGGCCCCCGCGCCGGAGCCGCGCGCGCAGCGCUCCGCCAACCUGUCCCACAUUACGGGCACGUCCCGCACAAUACAGAUGUUCCUCAAGAACCGCUAUCUCCAGCUGAUGCCCGAUGGCACCGUCAACGGCACCACAGACGUCAACAGCGUUUACACGAUACUUCAGCGUGCGACGUACAAGGUCGGCCUCCUGACGAUCCAGGGGGUGUCAACCUGCCUCUACCUCUGCAUGGAUGCCUGCGGGUUCCACUACGCUAAUAAGGAUCUCUCGGACGACUGCGUGUUCGAAGAGCAUAUAGAGGAGAAUAACUACAACACAUACUCGCGUAUCCGGGGCGGGAAGAAAACGUUCCUGGCCCUCGAUAAUAGGGGGAGGGCGCGACGCACCCAGAUCCCGGUGAGCCGGCCGCUGGGCAACCUGUCCGGGUACGCGCUCACGCUCACCACGCGGUGGGACGGGUCGCGACAGACUCAGUGCCCGCCUCGCCGGCACCGCGGCAAGCUCAAGCGGCCGCCGCCCUUCCACAGGAACUGCCAGCGUCGCGUGCAGAAACAGAACCUGCGGAAACGGAAGCACAAAAAAGCGAACGAUCCGAAGAAGAAGCAGCGGCAUCCGAAGGCUCGCAGAAAACACGAGAACGGCACGACGACGACGACGGACGUGAGCUGGGACGAGUCCACGAUGUCGACGAUGUCCACGACCGACGCGGAGUUUUUUCGGUCGGCGACCGCGCAGGAGGCGGUCGCACACGCGUGAGUCUCCUCGCGCUCGGGGCUGCCGUGGCGCUCGCACACUAGCACCGUUCCACCCUUACUCGUGCAAGAAUCUCUAUCAUUCCCUUCGACUUCGAUGCUAUUCGACACUAAAUGCCAAUUGUAAUUUUGCGUCGCUUCCGACUCGAACCGCUAUGACGCGUUUAGUACUUUAUCCUUCUCAUAAAUAAUGUACUUUAAAUACUCAAUCGUAGCAACGAACAAGCCCAUUCGAUUCGACGAUUAAAAGUAACGAAUGAUAUUAUUCUACCAAAGCUGAAAUUAUCUAUCUCAAUUUGUAUUCCUAGUUCGCUUUAAAACGUAGGUUUAUCGGCAAGAUUCCAAUUGUCUUAGUUAUCAUGAAAUUAUAAAGUUAAAUGUUAUCGAUAACUUGAUGAGUGAAAUGAUCGAACUCGCUUUGACGGGAGGAGAUUAUCGUUUGGUAAGGUGGAACCGUGUUAGAGGAGGGAGGGCGUUCCUGCUCGCGUCGGGUCGCAUCUCGCCUGAACACAAACUCAAAAGUUCCGCGUCACAAGCACGCACGCGAUCUAUUUCGAUCGUGUCAGUGUGUUUGUUAUUCGUAUAUCAACCGAGUCAAUUUCCUAGCCGACCUUUAAAUUUUAUAUAAUUACGUCUAAUAGUUCCGUUAAUGGAUGCGAUGCGGCCGUCGGGUGCCGUUAACCGAGUGAAGACAUCUAUCGCGACCGAAAAUCUUGAGCAGCCGUAACUUUCCACGUUUCGAGAACGCUUCGUCGUUGUCUAUUCAAAUGGUUAUCAGUUCGUGAGACUGCUCUUCGUCGCUGAUGUGAAUGACAGUGCAACACCUCUUCCGUUUCGAAAUAUCUCGAUUCGCAUGGAAAGUUCUCAUGUAAUCGAUUUGACACGAGCAGGAAUCGUAGUAAGCUUUUGUACUUAGAGGGAUGUGUUGGUGUAAUUUCAUAAGAAAUUGACUGAAAAAUAUGACUGAGUAAUGUAGGCACUGUCGGUUUUGGAGUAGGCUAUGAUAGGGUAAUGUGCGGCGGACGGCAUGCUUCUGUAUUAUUAGGUAACGACCCGAGGCGGGCGGGCUUGCGACUUCGAUCUUUCACUGGAAAAUUUCAAUAAUCCCGUAUCGGCUGCAUCGAACUGGUUUCGGCUAGAUCGAACCAUUGACCACGGGCUUCAGAUUGCGGGCCACGUGGACCGCGGCACCGCUCGCCUCGGCCGGACAAAAUUGAAUUAGUGAUAAUCAUUAAUGACGAUCAAGUGACUAUUAGUAGGUAGAUAUAAAAACGUGUAUCUAAUUUGUAAAUUAUUUAUUUUAUUUUCCAUAGAGAAAGUCGUAUUUUGUUAACGUUUUAGUUGAUUUUUUUUAAUUUCUUGUCCCUAAGUUCUAUCCGAUGUAGAUGUGUAGGAUGUCAUACGCUUGUACUUUUAGUGAGCCUAUAAUGUGUAUUAUAUUUAAAGCUCCGUUCGGCGACGACAUGUGCUGCCGGGUGCCUGUGCCGGCGGGGCACGCACAGGUGGUCGCCGAAUGGACAAUAAUUACGCGGUUACAUUCUCUUUAGUGAUUUCCCUCGCAAACUUGUUAUGUGCAUAUGUUUGUAUCUAUUAUUGUCUAUUAAACUGAAUCAGCGGACUUUCGAUUCAAAGAAAACUACAAAUGUAAAAAAAACUGUCAAAUUCACUGCCAGUCAUUCACAGGGUUACCAUAACAAUAUUCGUUAAUAACUUUCGAACGUCGUUAAGUUCAAAAGGUUAUAACAGCAUCAUAUAAUGUACUUCAUAAUAUACAUAUAAUAUGUCCAUUUAAAAAAUAUAUCAGUUCUCGAUUGCUGUUCGCUGAUUUCAGGAAGUCAAGAAAAAAAUGUGAAUGUGCAACAAGCUUUAUAAUUGUACCUACGUGUGUAUGUUGAGCGAAUACUUCGAAUUAAUUUAUGAUAUAUUUUAUUGUAUAAUGUCAUGUGAAAACGACAAAUCUGUACAUAGUAAAAGAAAGCAUUUACUCAAAUCAUUAACAACUGCUCGCGUGUCGAUUUUGUCAUUUUCAUUCGUAAUAAAUUAUUCGAGUUUGUUAUCAGUUAUACCUGACGCGUUAUUGUAUUGUAGAUAAAUUGAAACCGAUCGAUAUUUAGAGGUAGCAGCAGUAUUUCGGUAUUGUGAAAUUACUCCAUAGCAGUACCUAGUUUUAUAGUUUUUUAUUGUAUAGACGUUGUAAGAAAAUUGUGUAAUUUAAAUCUAUCUUUAACCUGGUUAAUCGAUUCCUAACCAUUUUACAGGCUAUUAAUUAUGCACGUAAUCGAUUUCACUAUACUCGAUUUAAACUCGCUUCAUGUCGCUACUAUCGUUUCGGGUACAGUGUUAUUCGGUAAACAGUACCUACUUGUCGUUUUGUAAAAUAUGAGUUAAUUUUAUGUUAUUUAUACGCAUGUGCCAUAAAUACCUACUCGUAAUAGUUGUACCUACCGACUCAGAAGAUUUUCUUGUCCAAUUUUUGUUUCGCACAAUUUUAACACGAGGGAAUGGGACGGCCGAACAGGAGUCAUAAAAACAUACAUUGUCUUAAAUACUCGUUCGUAGUAAGAUUAUGUAAUUGAUUCAUUAUAUACGAAAAAAAAAAACUAUGUAAUUUAAACACUUUUUUUAAUUAAAUAGGAAAAAAUUGUUUUAAAAUAAAGUUAUCGAGCAAUAAGAUUCUAUACAAAAUGUAGAUAAUGAAUGUAAUGAAUUUAUAAUUGCAGAGUGCUAGAGGAAUGCUUUUUAAUCUGUUCCCACCAAUGUACGGCUCCUAGCGCCCCAAUUUUCCCCUAGAACCGAAACGGGAACGUCAAAUGGGGUUUAACAGUAUUACUUAAUUAAUUUCGAUACCUUUACAUUUUUACAAUAAUUAUUAUGUAUUCGUGUUAACGCAGUCAGUGUACAAAGUCGAAUACUGCCUUUAAAUUAAUCGUUAUCAAAUCAUAAGACUUUGAACGUCGAAAUUCAACCCUUUUAUGUAGUUUUACCAAAAUAAAGAUUGAUCGAAACUUUUAGACAAUAACUUUUUACAGCCUCUUAUACCGAAAGAUAAAUAAAAUGAUUCUUAAAAUA